AAUACUGCAUUAGGCUUACAUUGUUCUCAGCUAUAACUGUGUGGCACUAGGACCCUGUGUAAUAGCCUAGUAUUUUGAGUUAACUUGGGCGCUGCUAGUGCUGUAGCGCACCGCUUACACAGUCCAGUCUACACUCCGCACGUGUCUGUCAACUGAAGGGGAUAUGGCAGCGAACCGAGUCGGGAGAAGAUGUAACAACAAAGUCCAUUCCCCGAGCAGGGGACCAGGUAGGGAUCCGGGGCUCAGUUUGCAGAAGAGGCAAGCAAGGGUCACGGUGAAAUACAACAGAAAGGAGCUCCAAAGGCGCUUGGAUGUGGAGAAGUGGAUUGACUGCGGUCUGGACGAGCUGUAUUUGGGCAGGGAGGAGGAGAUGCCAGAGGAGGUGAACAUUGACGAGCUCUUAGACCUGAAGACUGAUGAGGAGAGAACUCACCAACUACAGGAAAUUCUUCACACCUGCAAUAACAACACUGAGGUUUUUAUUAAGGAGCUGGUGCUUAAGCUCCAGGGGCUGCAGAAGCAGGAGGACCUCCACAAUGACGGCAUAGAACACCCCCAGCUGCACAUCUUCCCCAACCAGAAAAGCCCCACAGACCGACACGUGAUCUGAAGACCUGAGCCUUGUUAUCUUUAAGCCCCAGCUUCCAGCACCCGCCAGCCGACUCGCAUUCCCAAACCUGAUACCAUGGAGCGGAGAAGCAUGCGCAGUGUGGAGUAUCAAGGCUAUGUACACUGUUCACGUUUACCCAAAAACACUGUCGAAAAUUAACCGAACCUGACAACUUGUCACCAAGUCACAGACAAGUUACCUUCUGUAAACACGCACCCACACACACACAGGUUGUUAUUUAGUCCCAAAGAAGUGUUCAAAUAGGAAGUCUGCAACAUUUGAGUCUCUAUUAAUGUCAAAUGUUUUGUUUUAUUUUUUGUUACUAGAGACAUUUGUAAGAUAUGCUGCUCUCUGUUGGGAUAUUAUCACUACUGUGUGGGCGUGUGUGCGUGUGGGCGUGUGUGCGUGUGUGUGUGUGUGUGCGUGUGUGUGCAUGUGUGCGUGCUUGUCUGUUCCAUAGCGAAACAGCCACCAUGUAUUUUAUUUAACUGACCUGGAAGAAAUUUGUGUUGAAGUUAUCCAGUCACUGAACCAUUUGGAACAAAACUCUGCAGUACCUGAGGCACACAAGGUUGUUUCACUGUAAACUUCCGGUGAUUUUAUCUCUUUUUCUAGUAAAUUGUGUACUGCUUGUAUUAAAAACACCAUUAAAGGGAUACUUUAAAAACUCCA